AGGGCGGACUCGGUGAGGGCGCGUUGGGGCUGCCGCGGGGAAGCCGCCGACGCCGCAGCGAGGCCUGCCGAGGGGGCGGGGCCUACCGGGAAGGGGCGGGGCGAACCGAGUCGGGCGGCGGCGGCGGACCGACAACCUGACGGGUGGACGGCGACAGGGGGACGGGCCGGGCCCGGCCGGGCGCGCGCCGUGCCGCCGCCAUGACGGAGCAGACCUACUGUGACCGCCUGGUCCAGGACACACCUUUCCUAAUGGGCCAGGGAAGCCUCAGUGAGCAGCAGGUGGACAGGAUCGUCCUCCAGCUGAACCGUUACUACCCUCAGAUCCUCAGCAACAAGGAUGCAGAGAAGUUCCGGAACCCCAAGGCGUCCCUGCGCGUGCGGCUCUCUGACCUCCUGGGCCAUCUGCAGCGGAGCGGGGAGCGUGACUGCCGGGAGUUCUACCGGGCCCUGUACAUCCACGCCCAGCUGCUGCACAGUCGCCUGCCCAGCCGGCUCGGCCCGCAGAACUCAGAUUGCACAGAGCUAGACUCAGGCACCGUGGGCCGCGAGCUCAGUGACAGGGGUAACCGCCUCCGUGACCCCCACCCCAUCCCCCCCAGGGUUCCGUCUCUGCCUCAGGGGCUGCUCCUUUCCAAGUCAGGCUUGGUCCUGGCUUCCCAUUGCACGGGCCCCAGGGUGCUUGCUGGGGCGCCCCGUCCUCCAGGCUCAGCCAGCCACUUGCUCACGUACCCCCUUUCUCCCCAGGGCCCGUGGCCUUCCUGGCCUGCCUCGGCCUGGCCGCGGGGCUGGCGCUCCUCGUUUACUGCGGCCCUCCAGGUGGGUGCUGCCUGGCCAGGCCCGAGCACCAAGUCCCCUGGCCUCCCUGUGCCUCAGUUUCCUUGCAUGUACAGUGGGACAGUGGCAGGGCCCACCUUGCAGGGCACAGGAAGAAGAGGGAAUGUGGGGCCCCGGUUCUCAAGCCCUCCACCCCCGGGGGGGCAGGGAAUGACAGCCCCUGAUGGGAGGUGGGGCGCAGCUGGGCUCUGGGGUUAGAAAGCCCCGUCCCGUGUGUGGCCUGGAGCAGGACACCCACCUCUGGCCCCUCCAACAGCUCAGCCCUGACAAAUGGACGGGAGGCCCGUGGCCCAGCGUGGCAGCUGCCGUCCCUUUCCUGCCACACUGGGCCUGUGGAAGCCGUGCGUGG